GCUCUUUAGACAGGGCACAAGUACGACUAUACUCGUUGAUAAUACGAAAAUGAACAUGAGUCAACGAUUGGCCGAACGAGUUCUGUCGAAACUUAAAUGAAAUUUCAUUGGCCAAUUUUCUACUCAUUUAUAUUCAGAACGGAAAAUCCAAUUAGUGACGACAUUAGGAAAGGUAAACAUCUUGGACGACAGGCAAUAAAUGUAAGAUGUCUCUGCCACGUUUUCUCCGCCGGCGUCGGCUAUCUUGGAAAAACCUGACAUUUUUAGCCGUAGGUGCGUGCAUAGUUUACAUUUACAGCCGGUCCGAUGAUAAUGAUGCAGUUGUUAGUGAUGACAUGAUAAAAUUUCGUCGGGAAAGAUUUGAGAGAUAUAAAAAUUCAGAGGGAAGCCGUGUUGGUCCUGGAGAAAAGGGAAUGGGUGUCCACUUGACAGGUGCGGAAAAGGAGAAAGCAGAUUCUUUAUUUGAGAAGGAGGCAUUCAACAUCAUUGCCAGUGACAAGAUCUCCCUGGAACGGUCAGUGAAGGACAUCAGGGACAGCGGGUGCAGUGCCCUAGUAUACCCCAAAGAUCUUCCAAAAGCGAGUGUGAUCGUUAUUUUUCACAACGAGGCUUGGACACCACUUCUGCGGACUGCUCACAGCGUUGUUAACCGGUCCCCACCGGAAUACCUUCAUGAGGUGAUUCUUCUUGAUGACUUCAGUGAUAGAGUUGGUCUAGGUCAAGAGUUGACUGACUAUGUAGCAAAGACGUGGCCAGACGGUGUGGUGAGUGUUGUACGCACCAAGGAACGAAGCGGGCUUAUCAGGGCUCGUCUGGCAGGGGCUCGUGCUGCGACGGGCGAUGUUCUGAUAUUUUUAGACUCGCAUUGUGAGGCUGCACCUGGAUGGAUUGAACCCAUUUUGGCGAGAAUAAAGGAAGAUCGAAGAAACGUGCUGUGCCCUAUUAUUGAUGUGAUUUCUGAUCAAACACUCGAAUAUUCGGGAAAUGGUGGCUAUCAGCCAGGCGGUUUCUCAUGGAGUCUCCAUUUUACUUGGGAAGAUAUCCCUGAGUCGUCAAAAACGGGCCGUAAAUACACAGACCCACUUAGAUCUCCGACAAUGAUAGGUGGAUUGCUUGCUGUUGACAGGAAGUACUUUUUUGAGAUAGGCGCGUAUGACGAGGGCAUGGAUGUGUGGGGCGGUGAAAACCUGGAAAUAUCGUUUAGGGUUUGGAUGUGUGGUGGAAAGUUGGAGUUUAUUCCCUGUUCCCGUGUUGGACAUAUAUUCAGAUCGAGUCAUCCGUACACAUUCCCAGGUAAUAAAGAUACCCAUGGGAUCAACUCCAUGCGACUUGCUGAAGUUUGGAUGGAUGAAUACAAGCGGCUGUUCUACAUGCAUCGAAGAGACCUAUCAUUAUCAGAUGCUGGAGAUUUAAGUGAGCGAAAGGCGCUUAGAGAGCGGCUUAAGUGUAAGAGCUUCAAAUGGUACCUUGACAACGUCAUUCCUGAUAAGUUUAUUCCCGAUGAAAACGUUCAGGCUUAUGGCAUGAUUUGGAUUUCACGAGGCGCGAAAUUCGUGAAAGUCCAUUCGAGUCGAAUACAACCUCCCAACUUCCCGGUUCAAAACGCAGUACGAAACCCAGCCUCAAACCUAUGCCUUGACACAAUGGACAAAGAUGAGAGGACGGUGUUCGAUAUUGGCUUGUUCUCGUGUCAGGGCGGGGUCAGCGCUAGCGAGGUAUUUUCGUUGAGUAAAAAGGGUGAACUACGUCGCGAAGAUUCUUGCUGUUCCUCGGGUGGCGGAAAUGGGGACAAGAUAGCGCUUACAAGAUGUUUCGAUGAUAGUAAACAGAGGUUCACACACAGUAGGGAUACGGGAGUUAUAAAACAUGAGGCUAGUGGGCGGUGUUUGGACAUCGCGGAUGAGCAAUCAGGAGGUUUUGUUCAUCUACGAGACUGUAAUGGCGGAGAUUCACAAAAAUGGGAGAUCGAGCACUAUUUGACUUUAUGAUAAUGUUUUAUUAGUUAUACUUCCUAAAAAUUAAUAAUAUAAUGUUGUAAUUUAAUGUUUAAAUUAUUAAGGAUUAAAAUUUAUAUAUUGUUCAUUAUAAUUAUUAAUGAUUUAUUUUUUAAAUUAUUAAUGGUUAAAAUUAUUUUACUUUUUCAUACGUGUGAUAGAUUUUGAUGUCAAUAUGAAAAGAAAUACUUAAAUAACUUAAAUUUUCUGUUCUCAAAUUAUUAAGAUUAUAUACUAUUUAACACAAUGGGACCAUAGUUCAGAACUUUGUUAAAGUUAACAUCAGCGUUGUUAAUCUUUAUGCUCCUAAAAUUUAAUAGAUACACUUGUGAUCUGCUGUAUUUCUUUGUAGAUUUGAAAUAUCUUUUUAAGUUGUUUAUAUUCAAAUAUGUGAGCUCAUCAUGAAAUAUAUCACCUAUUAAAGUUAACAACAAUGUCAUAAAUCAUGGUGUUAACUUUAAAGCUGCUAUCUCACAGGUUGGACAUUUUGACAAAUUUUUAACUUUUGUCUAGGAACAA